AUGGAACACCACGUCGGAACUGAGCACCUGUUCUUCAUGGCCAAGUUCUUGGAUUGCCUGAGGCUCAUGUUCUCAGCUGCUACUCGAAAAGCGCGGCGCGCCUACAGAUUCGAGCGGCUCUCCUCGCCCACGGGCAAGCGCAAAAAAAAACAAAACCGGCGGUCCGCCNAAAAACGGCGGUCCGCCAUGAUGGCUUGCAGUUGUUGCUUCGCGUCCGCCGCUUUGUUUUUUCCUUUUCCCGGGGGGGUAGGAGCAGUGGUUGCCACCCCUCGCCGGCGGCCUGCUCCACCCUCGCUCUGAGUGUUGGUGGCGGCAGCGCCUCCCGUGGUAACAUGAGUGUUCCCCGAGAUGCCAGGCAGCAGCACUAUCUUGCUGGAGAGCAAGCCUCCACCGCCUACGGCGGCACCGAGAGAGCCCGUCUGCUGGAAUUUCGCCGGGGUUUUGGUCUGCCGGCCGCGCUGGGUGGUCGUGAUAUCCAUGUCGGUGUCCAUGAUGUCGUGUUUUCCGCGGUUUGUGUUGUUGUGUCGUGUGUGUUGUCUCGAAGUGAGCGCUACAACUCACGGACGGCGUCAUUUUUUUUACACAAGUUGCACAAGUCUACGUCACACGUUUAAAAUGACUGCACACAGGUUCCAAGUUUUUGAAAGACAAAUGUCGAAAAUUUUGACAAAAAAGUCGGUCCGUUUAAAACGGCCCUAUAAGGCGUGGCGCGUUCUGUAACCUCAGGUUCUCUUCUGCAAGUUGUUCAAGGGUGCUGUGCCCAGUACCCGUGGGUCGAGAGAAUUGUUCGGCUCUUUCCGCUAGCUACCAUGAAUGAGACUCGCCCCCGUUCAUUUUCUUUUCAACUUUAGGAACCAUAUAGGCGACUCUCAAUGUGUAGACAAGUCUACCUUGAUGUAGGACCUCCAACACACACACGUAGUCAACGUACGCCUUGUUUUUCCGGGUGUUUGCGGGGAAUGGAUUGGCAAGUCUAGACUGACUUGCAACAUGCCGGGCUUCUUGUGCCUGAGAAAAAUAUUUCAGAACCGUAGAGGGGUCGUGUCGAGUUGAUUUCAAUGAAUGGAGGCGGAGCUGUCCCCCCCGUCACUUGAUGUUUGUUGUGCAGUAGUAGUAGAAAAAGCAAGAUAAAUGAUGCGAAAAAAUGGCAAGAUGAGAUGUUCUGCCAAACAAAGCAAUACGCAAUCAAGGAACGAGCUUCCCCUCAAAGAGGCAAGCCUCUUGCGGUAGAUUAACAGUUCAACACAGCAGCAGUGGCGAAAUUUGGGAUAUGGAUAGCUAUAGCCUUUAUCUCUAUGGAGUAUUGGUUGGCAACAAGAACAACAUGGAAGAGUCCAAAACCUCCCCUGAACACUGCCGGGCAAAAGAAAAAAUAAUUGUUUCAAAGAGAAACUCUCCAUAGCUAGUCUUGUCUAGUCUCUAGUAGUCUGUAGACUAAGCUGAGGAAACUGCUGCGUUGAACUGCAGCAGUUCAACGCUGCUGCUGUUGGUUAGUGGACAGCGUAGUUCUGGUUGCUGAAGGGAAAAGCGCCAGACAAGACGAGCCACACAUGUAUACUGUAUGCGGUGAAAAGAUGGCCGGGGGAAGGAGCGGGCGACAGGGAGAGGAAGACAAAGGAAAACAAAAAAAGUUUGGGGUGGACUGCUAUUCGCACAGCCUGGCCGGUGGGGAUUCGACACCGUAGUAUCUGCGUGUAAGAUAUACUUGGUGUCGACGAUGUGUAGCGGGCCGGCCAGUCGCGUAAUCCUCAACCAUUUUGGUAAGAGGACCGCUUGUCGACAUGUAAGUUUCCCCCAUCUGAACGUGAUUUCGGUCUGAUGUCUCGAUAGGCAAUAUUGGCGCGCCCUGUUUCCCUCCCUGCUGUAUGCUGUGCUCCUUUAUGUAGGUCUAUGUCCUUUGUAUUGCCUUCGGCCUCUGUGCUGUGUUUCUUUUUUUUCAUGACCUCCCUGCCUACUCUGCUGUGUUGGGUACCUUGAUCUCGCUUUGCUGUUGCCUUUGUUUUUGUACGUCUGGCUGUCUGCCGAUCUGCCGCCUCUUUGUCCUGUUUGCUCCGUUACUCCCAUGCCCUGGUGCGUAGUGCCUGGUGCUGGAACGUUUCCCCUUGAUUUUUUCUUUGGGCGGGUGUGGGAAGCGUCCUCCUUUAUUUUUGUUUUUGCUUUGUUUUGAUCGGUUUCCGAGGGCUCUUUUCUCGAUCGGUCGGUGCGAUACCUGUUGUUU